AUGUCCUAUUUACGACGAAAACCAGAAGAUGAAAUAUGGUAUAUUCAUUCACCGUUAAAAAAAGGUAAUCGUGAAUUAGUUACUGCUCCUCCACCAUCACAAAUACCUUAUCUUAAUGGUGUAUUUGAUGAUGAAGCAACAAUUAAUCAACCAAAACCAAUUUAUGUUCGAGAAACUGAUUCAGAUUAUAUUCGUCGAUGUAAAUUAGGUGGUAGUAAUAAUUUACUCGUACAUAUUGAUCCAGCAACACGUAAAAGUAAGGAACCAGUACCGUAUCCAAGACCACUUUGGUGGGAUGCUAUGUGUGAACAAAUUCCAUCACCAGUAAAUCUAAAUAACAAUGAACAACAAGGAAAUAAACCAAAAACUGAACAUGUAUUUGGUGCUCCUGAGUGGUUUGUUCAUGCGGAACAUAAUCCUUCUCCAGAUAAACAACAAAAUGUACCCUCAAGACAAAAUAAUACAUCCAGGCAAGCACAAUUGCCGACCAAUACAAAAAGAAAAUAA